CCUGUUUCAUCACUCCUGGCCGCCAGCAAAUCCCAUAGCCACGUGGUACUCGUGUAUAAAAAAAAGUUCUAGUGAGAAGUGGUUCAGUCAGUGUCGUGAUUGCACACAGGCGAAAGGAGCCAAGGGCAACAUCACUUCCUUGGGAGCGCAGUCACACUGCUUGGUACCUUAUAGCUGCAGACCGGACCGGACCGUUCUGCGCAUUGGCGGCACAAAAGCUAGCUCGGAUGUGGAGCGACUAGAGCAACAGCAUUUCUUCGAUUUCAAGCGGAGAGGUGGAUUCUAACUCUACGAAAACGGGAGAUUUGAUCGCUUAAGGCUGUUGUUGAAGUGUUUGUUUCAGAAAUGGGAUCUGGCUUCUCCGUUUGCUGUUAAAGGAACGGGUUGCCAAGCUUGAUCAAACGUAACAGUGGUUUUGGCAACUGUCACUGCAGCGCGCUUACCGGUAGAGGACAUCGGUUCAUUGUUUCUAUAUUUCUAAAGCCAUAGUUGGACAUGCCACGCAUUGAUGUGUCAGUCACUCCUUCAAGAAGCGGCGCUCGUUGAAUCUUCUGUGCGGGUUGCCCCAGUAGUCUAACAUUAGAGGACUGCAAAAGAAACGUCAAGGGGAGAGAAGAAACCAAAGGUGCGUGAUACGGUGUGCAUACAAAUAGUUGAGGCUUGGUAACUUAUAAUGACCAAAGACACGUCUAUGUCCGACUAAUUUCAGGAAGUUGACACUAGGUUCAAUCUUGCGUCGGUGUUUCAGAAAUAUUAACCGAACUCGGCUUCAUGGACUGGACUCUAUGUGUGACAGAUAAUCUGUCGUUGAAAAGUCGCCCGAAUACUUCUUUGUGCUUGUUUUUGCGUUUGUCUAGUGUCUUGGGAUGACAGAUUUGUAAAGACUUUCUUUCAAGGCGUUCGUGGAUUUCAUAUGCGAGGCAAAUUGUAGUCCAUUUUCAUCGCGCUUGGAAACUAUAUCGGACAGAUCACAAAUAUGAAAAGCCACGUCGUAAUAUUGGCCUAUGUUGCCGUUUGUUUAUUGAGUGUUCGUUGCACUCUGACGCCGGGUGGGGAGACACAGACGAUGUCCCAUGAGUCGUGCGCUUCGUGCGGACUCAGUCAGUCCAUACAGUCGUCGGACAGACUGGACACGGACUUUUUGGAGGCAGUGAAACGACACAUACUCAACAGACUACAGAUGCGGGAAAGACCCAACAUCACCCACCCCAUUCCCAAAGCGGCGAUGGUGACGGCGCUCAGGAAGCUCCACGCCGGCAAAGUGCGGGCGGACGGACGGGUAGAGAUCCCUAACCUCGAUGGACACGCAAACUACAACAACGAGGUGCAGGAGGAAACAUCCGAAAUCAUCAGUUUCGCAGAAACAGACGAGCUGACGUUGGCCAAGUCCCGCCUCUUCUUCCUGGUGUCCAAUGAGGGCAACCAGAACCUCUUCGUGCAGCAGGCCAGCCUAUGGCUGUACUUCAAGCUGCAGCCCGGCGGUCCGGAGAAGGGCCUGCGCCGCAAGGUCAUGGUCAAGGUGCACUACCAGGAGCCGUCCUCCACGCCAGGAGGGGGCGCUGGCAACCCGCGCUGGGGCUACGUGGAGAAGCGUGUGGAGCUGAAACGCAGCGGCUGGCACACGCUGCCGUUGUCCGAGGCGGUGCGCGCGGCGCUGGGCAAGGGGGGCCGGCGACUGGACCUGGACGUCCGGUGCGAGGGCUGCGACGUGGCCGGCGUGGCGCCCGUCCUGGUGGAGGCGUCCGACCCCUCCCACCGGCCCUUCCUGGUGGUGCGCGCGCGGCCCGGCCCGGAUGCCAAGCACCGCAUCCGCAAGCGCGGCCUGGAGUGCGACGGCAGCAGCGGCGGCCUGUGCUGCCGGCAGCAGUUCUACAUCGACUUCCGGCUCAUCGGCUGGAGCGACUGGAUCAUCGCGCCCGCCGGCUACUACGGGAACUACUGCGAGGGCAGCUGCCCGGCGUACAUGGCCGGCGUGCCGAGCUCGGCGUCCUCGUUCCACACGGCGGUGGUCAACCAGUACCGGAUGCGCGGGAAGAGCCCCGGCUCGGUCAACUCCUGCUGCAUCCCGACCAAGCUCAGCACCAUGUCCAUGCUGUACUUCGACGAUGAGUACAACAUCGUCAAGCGAGACGUGCCCAACAUGAUCGUGGAGGAGUGCGGCUGUGCCUGAGCUGAGCUCGUGGACUCGUGGACUCGUUCGUGGGGACUUAUAUAUAUACAUAUGUGUAUUGUAAACACAAAAACACAGACAACAAACGUUAAUAAUAAUAAUAAUUAUUCUCAGACUUUUUCCUUAGCAAGAGACAAUGUUAUGAAAAAUAUAUAUAUAUUUAUGGACUUUUUUUGUAUCAUAUAUAGUAAAAGAUACAUGUUAUGGCGCGUGUUACUGUGCAGGGGAUAAAAAAAACAAACAAACGCACACCUGUGUGUGUGCGUGCACGGAGCGGAAGCUGGUCAGAACACUAAAAAAAAGAAAAUUCCACCAGUUUUGUUUGUACGCAGCAGGACUGUCCCAAUGGUGCGUGAACUCACAGAGACAGAAUUGGGACGAGAAGGGAAUGGUGAUCACCAAAUGUGUCGUUUCUUCUAGUUUGCCAUUUCUAGACAAAAAAUGGGACAAUCCAACUUCUUCUUCUUCUCUGCUCUCCUGCCCUGUCCAUGCGUCAUCAUCAUCAUCACCUCCAACUCCACCACCACCACCACCACCAUCGUCAUCAUCAAUGAUGUUGCGAUGGAGGGACUUUGACAGAAGCACAAGUUGUGGUUUUUUGGGCAAGAGAGAGAGCGGGAGAGGAGAGGAGAGGAGGCCAGGCUUUGCCACCAGAUACUCUAUGUUGGCACUGUCCUGUCUUAAAGGGACACUGUGUGAGAUUUUUAGUUGGUUAUUUCCAGAAUUCAUGCUACCCAUUCACUAAUGUUAGCUUUUUCAUGAAUAUUUACCACCACCACGAAAUUCAAAGUAUUCGGUAUGACUGGAAAAAUUGCACUUUUCAUACAUGAAAAGGGGGAUCUUCUCCAUGGUCCGCCAUUUUGAAUUUCCAAAAAUAGCCAUUUUUAGCUGCAAAAAUGACUGUACUUGGGCCAUACUAGAAAAUAUUAGUUUAUUACUCAGUAAACUAUCAGGUCAAAUUUGGCAAUAGGCGACACAGUUUCAAUGAUCAGCAUAGUUGCAGUACCUUUUUUGACCAUUUCCUGCACAGUGUCCCUUUAAGUACUGAAAACAAGGACUGCCCAUGGUAUGGGUUGAGGGCAGUGAAGGAUUAUCAUCAACGUUCAAAUCUCUUUGAGACUAGGUCUGAUCAAGAGCAUGACAAUUAACAUUUCCCAAACGGCAUGGUUGACCCGCCUCUCUUGGUUUGCGUAUGGUUGUUUGCUUAGCGACAAAGUGGGAGGAGUUCCCAUAUUUUCGGGAACUCAGAAUUCUACUUGCAUUGCUCUUGACCUGACUAGUUGCAACACUGCCCUAAGAGUGUUGCAUCACUAGGAGGGUACAGCCAGGCUAGAAGGGGAGGGACCUCCAGGAGGGCUGGACUGGGAUCGAAAAAUGCCCCCCGGACAUUUGAGCGUUGCCUGCUCUAAAUUGUGGGCCAGUCGCUAAGAAAAAGGCAAAAAAACAGCAUCGGCCCCUGAGGAGGCCCUCCACACAAUGCCCAUAUGCCACAGCACCAGUCCAGGCCUGAUCUCCAGUGUCCACACCCCACCCCACCCCACCACGCUCUGCUCCACUCGUAUCCUGAACACAUUUCAUGAAUUUCAGCACUUCAGUUAGCAUCUCAAAGACUCAACCACAGCACAGCACAGCACAGCACAGCAUUCCUCUGACCAGGGGCUUAACACCCCAGUACCAUUCUGUGUGCUUCACACUAUUCUUAUUUUUCUCUUCUUUUCUUCUUUUCUUCUUCUCUCU